UGUGCCCGCGCGGCGCGCGCGCUUCUGCGGUGUGCCCCGCAAAAGCGCGGGCGCAGGCGACUCGCGCGCGCGGCAACAGCCUCCGCCUGCGCUUCCCGCUCGGAUCGGUGCAGCCUUCCUCGGUGGGCCGUCAGUCUCGUAAUGGGCUCGAGCUCAGCAUCCAGCAUUGUGGCAACCUCUGCAGCAUGUGUGUGUUUUUUUACAGGAGGGCUCGCUACCUUUUUCUCCGUGGGUCAUGUAGACGCUUCAAUGGGCUUGACUAGUUGGCGGUGGCACACUAGCAAUCCAAAAGUCCGAUCCAAAAGUCUGGCUGAGAGCACAAAAACGGCCACUCCCAAGUAUUUUCGCGCUUCACUUGUCAGGCAACCGCAACAUCGCUAGAUAUCGCAUUCGUCGCUGCGUGUGAAACUUCGGGGGUUCUUUUCCUUCAAGGAAGUCGUUUAGUCGUGUGUCGGAAUUAUAUCGUCGGGCUUCGUCAAUCGUCAUCUUCACAUAUAGAACCUCACUGUACACUCUACACUUGUCAAAGUCGUUUUUGCUUGGAUAUCAACACUAAAAGCUCUGAAGUCUUCUCUAGUAGAAUGGCCGCGUACUUAGCUUGCGGAAAUAACGGUUUUUUUUUCUCGUUGCUUUCACAUCGAGGGGCGUGAUAGAACAACAACUGGUGCGCAGACGCAAGGUGUAGUGACCACUGUAAAAACGGCCUUCAAUCACGAAAAGGCCUCUCUAUUUCGCAACCGCAGCUUCGGUUUUUUUACAACAACGCUGUAUCGCUUGCAAUCAUAUUAAAACUCAAAUGGAACAAAUAAAGCAUCAGCAUUAGACAUUACCACUACGACAUCUAACCCAAAAGAUGUUUUCCUCCUGUUUCCCCUCCUCUUUCUCCGAAUGUGUUGCCCAGUGCCAACACAAAUGUUGCGCGGAGCGCUGUCUAAUCGACGAUCACGAAAUCGAAAUUUUCCACCAACCAGGCCCCAUGUUUGGCGGCAACCGGAACAAUCGCGGAGUCAGUGGCGGAAUGUUCGGAAGUCGUGGCGGUAGUUCCAGCAUCAACGGCGCACGCCCAGGGAUGAUGGGAGCAGGUCCUAGCAUGAAUGGAGGUGGCAACGGUUCUGCUGGAGUAGCUGCGUCUUCGUCCUUAUCCUGAGUAAAAACGUCCCCACUCCAGAGUUGUAAUGCAGAUUUGCGAAGACAGGAAGACUUGUAAUGCGCAUCCCCAAGGGAGGCAUUUCCAAUCGUGUUUUGGCAUUUGUGAUGCUGUGAACAGGAUGAGCAGAUGAAUCUGUGACGCGGCUGCACUUGCUAACCUCCACUACACUGCAUAGCGCGACUUGUCAUGCGUGACUCACAAAACUCCUAGGUUUGUGUUGCAAAAUCCCCAUUCUGACUCUGGUGUGGGUACGUUUUUACUCAGGAUAGUCCUCCGGGGCCUUCGGCCCGCGCGCAGUAAAUAACGACGACACGGGAACCGGCCCUGGUGGCGUUCUUGGGCAGCAUUCCGGGGGCGGGGCACGCGGAAGUAACUUGAGCAGUGCGGAAAUGCAGAGAAGGUUGGGGAUAGAGGCAUAUGCAAAGAAAAAAGUGUUACAGUUACACCGUGUGUUGCAAGACAUGCAAGACAGACGACCUCUGCAAUGCGCAAAAUGCUUGCGAGUCUCGUUGCGUGUGUGUUUUGCCUUAUGAUCUCUGCAUUACAAGUUUUCUCCAUCAUGCGAGGCAAAUUUGUGAUGCUGAAUUAACUACAAGUACAAAUGUUAAAUUCGUAACACUUUUGUCAUUGGAUAAGGCGCCGGCGAUCGCCAGUGGACGAGGCUGGAACGCGUGGGGCGUUGUCGGGGGGAACAGUAUGGUUUUUUCUAUAUUAGCUGCGCUUGUUGUUGCACAAGGGCCCCUUCGUAUGCUCGUAGAGGUAGAAGUAGAUGUCGAUAUCAUUCGUUAUCCUUGGUGUUCAUCGUGUUUAGCCUGGAUGGCAAAACUUUCUUGCAUUUGGCUGGGUCGUGUAGAAACUGUCACUCAUGCAUGCAUGCAUAACCAUGAACCACACUACUAA